AUGAGUACACUUCCCUGCGCACUUAGGAAGGUCGUCCCGGCGCCGGUAAUAGAAGACCAUCAGGAUCACGAAAAUAAAUAUGUGCACCAAGUUUAUGAAGCGACUGCCGGGCAUUUCAGUCAUACACGCUCCAGGACAUGGCCUGCGGUCUUAAAGUUUUGUCAAUCCCUGAAUUCUGGAACCAUAUUAGUGGAUUGUGGCUGCGGCAACGGUCGGAAUAUGCUUUUAUGCCCUGGGUUUGCCGAGUUUGGGAUUGACUACUCGUCCAAUUUGUGCACCAUAGCCAUGCAAGGUUUACUGGAAAAGGCAAUUGAGAAUCAUGGAAACUCUGCUGCUAUCCUCAGGGGAGACAUUCUCUCCAUACCAAUACUUUCUGAGACCGUGGACGCUGUUAUCUGCAUCGCCGUCAUACACCAUUUGUCGGCUCAAGAGCGCAGGCAACAGGCUUUCGUAGAGAUAUAUCGCAUCCUUCGGCCAGCAGGAAAAGCACUAGUCACCUUGUGGGCAAGGGAGCAAGGAGAGAAGGAGCUUCCCUCUGAAGCACUGAUACCUUGGCGCUCUCAAACGGGAAACCAGUAUCACAAGAUCACUAUGACAGAGAUAUUUACGCCAGAGGCAGGCAAACAGUCAUCGCUUAAGAAUCCCACGCUAAGCGUUCAACGCUAUUACCAUUUGUAUUCCCGAGACGAAGCCCUUGAAGACGCAGAAAAGGCAGGGUUUCAUGUUAGCAACUGUGUACUCGACAGUGGGAACUGGACCUUGACACUUUUAAGACCCGUGAGCUCACCACAAUAA